GAAGAGUUGCGCUGUGCGUAUUCCGCCACCCACCUCAGUAUUAUCAGCGUUAGAGAUUAGCGAAAGGUCCUGGCUGCAGGCUGCACCACUGACACACAUCUUUUUUUUUACAUUUCGUGCUGGGUGCAAGUGUGUGCAGAUGCGGGAAAAUGCGAAACGCGCGUUGAUAACGGCCAGCACGUGUUGAAAACGUCCGCGAAUGAGGUAGUAGUGUGCCGAAAUGCGCCUUAAUCCGGUUGUGCUAUUCCUGGUGGCGGUGGUGAUUGUGAAUAGGGUAGGAUCGCAGGAUGCGCAUGUAAAACAUCCCGAAUUGCCACGCCUUGUACGUAACUGGGCUGAGAAGCUCGGGGGUGAAUUGUGGCACUUUGGUGAAUUAGUCACACGUAGAAGUACGGUUGUUGAGAGCUAUCGACAUGCGAUUGUUACCGCGAAAGAUGGCGAAUCUUUACUGCGAGAGAUCACAAGUCGUGUUAAAAACAUGAUGGAUAAAAAGGUGGACGCUGUCAGGAGAAUCAUGGAAAUUGCUGAAAAUGUAGCCGCGACGGCGCAGGACGACGUCGGAGAAGACUACGAUUACUACAAAGCAAAAGACCUCAUUGAUACAACUGCAGUGACCACCACAGAAGAACCCCAACAUCAAAAUGACAACACAGAAUUUCAGGAUGAUGAUGACGAUGACGAUGAUGAAAGUAAAAAUAUCGAAAACGAUCCACAAACAGACGCGCUCCGGCGUGAGAACCGUCGAUAUUCAUCAAAAAUGAUCGACGAUUAUCAAAACGAAGAAGGGGAUUCGGAUAUUGAUGCGGAUGCAGAUAUAAAUGCAAAUUUAAACGUCAACGUGGAUCCAUCAGAGAAUGAACAACUGGAAAAUGCAAAUAAAGAUGAUUUAGAGCGUCCAGAUGAAAUCGAACGUGAGGAAGAGGGAGAAGAAGGCGUGGAGCAGGAACCAAUGGCUAGUCUCAAACCUCCGGUGGAUAAACGCCGAUUACCACUGCAUCCCAAUCCGAAUUUUUAUAAUAUCCCGGUUAAUCUCAACGUGAGUGCUGUGCACGUGCCGAGUAAUGUGUAUGAUCGCUCUCCGGAAGUAAUCCGUGACAUAAAAUGGUCUGAGGAACUAGACAAAUCCUUCCAGGACAACUACAAACAAGACCCAACCAUAUCCUGGCAAUACUUCGGCAGUUCCUCCGGUUUCAUGCGCCAAUACCCCGCAAUGAUCUGGAAACAGGAACCUGUCGACCUCUACGACUGCCGCAUGCGCAGCUGGUACGUGGAGGCGGCCUCCUCACCCAAAGACAUCGUCAUCCUCAUCGAUCGUUCCGGCUCCAUGACUGGCAUGCGGCGUGAAAUCGCCAAACACGUCGUGAACAACAUCCUGGACACGCUGGGAAACAAUGAUUACGUCAAUAUCUACACAUUCAGCAACACAACAGACCCGCUUAUUGAUUGUUUCGAAGGACACCUCGUCCAGGCAAAUCUAGCGAAUGUUCGACAGUUUAAGGAAGCCAUGUUUGGUUUCAAAACCGAGCAAAUCGCAAACUUCUCACUGGCAUUGACAGCGGCGUUUGAAUUGCUGCAAUCGUAUCGUGAAGAACGCGCUGGGGAAGGCGCGCAGUGUAAUCAAGCGAUUAUGUUGGUCACCGAUGGUGUUUACUACAACUUUAAAGAGAUUUUCAAAGAGUACAACUGGCGGAAUCUACCAUUUAUGCCUGUACGUGUAUUCACAUACCUAAUAGGUAGAGAAGUAUCAGAUGUACGUGAAGUAAAAUGGAUGGCAUGCGCGAAUCAAGGUUACUACGUGCAUUUAAGCACGUAUGCAGAAGUACGCGAGCAAGUAUUACAAUAUCUACCAGUAAUGGCACGCCCAAUGGUGCUCAAUCCAACGCUGAAACCUAACCCCACUUGGUCGCCAGUCUACGCAGACGUCACCGAUCCGAAACUCACCAACUGGCUAUGGGUAACCCGUGAACGCAACAAACAACGCGAUAGAUUCCUACUAUACCGACGCAAUCGUAACCGCACUUCGUUCUUCAUCGACGACGUCAUCGACCGCAAGUUCAUGUAUCAGCAACGCCGCAUGGACUUCAACAAGGAUAAAGUCCCCGGGGAAUUCCAGGAGUACCGUCUGAUGACCUCUGUCAGUUUACCUGUGUAUGACAAAAGACAGAAUGCGAACAUUUCAGAAAAGAUACAGAUCAACGAAAAAAUCUGGAUCACAGUCACCAAGGAGACCCGCAUCGCCAACCUCCUGGGCGUAGCAGGGACGGAUGUACCAAUCGCCACCAUCGAGCGUCUUUUACUACCAUACCGAGUGGGUGUGAAUGGUUUCGCAUUCAUCGUCACCAACAAUGGCUACAUCCUGUUACAUCCGGAUCUACGUCCGGUGUUCCAGGGUAUACUCAAACCAGCGUACAACCGUGUAGAUAUGGUUGAGGUGGAACUCUUUGAUGAUGACACCGAACCCAGGGAAUUCUCUUCGGAAUUACUAAAGUUACGCAGCGCUAUUGUGAAUCAAUCCAGCGGGGAUAAGGAAUACCGCGUCAAGUAUCACAUGGAUGAAAUGAAUCGUAUACACUUUGGUAAACGUCAUUAUUACUACACUGGUAUUGAAGGUACUCCGUUUACCUUGGUCCUGGCGCUGCCUGAUCGUUAUGGGCAUUAUGAGAUCGACCAACAGAGCAAGGAGGAUAAACAUCGGAUAUUCGUCACGCAUAACAAUAACCUCACGCAGUUCUUCACGGGCAACUGGACGGUGCAUCCGGCGUGGACGUACUGCAGGUAUCUGGGUGAGAAAAGGGUACAGCGUAAUUUUUCCUCUCCCGCUGCGGAACUGCUGCAUUUCUUGGAGAAGAUGAGCAUGCCGGGAUGGAAGUGGAACAAUUCGCAUUCGCAGGAGUGUGAUCGCUCGCUGAUCAAUCGGGUGCUGUACGACGCGAAGAUCACGGAAUGGUUUCACAAGAAUAUCACGAAUACGAAUAAAGAAGACAAUGGGCCCAUUGCAAUGUUGAUGUCAUUGCUGCCAAGACAUGAAUUCAUCUCGCGUUUCGGCAUAACCGUCGCAUUCCUCGCAACCCAUAGCGGUCUCACCCGCUGGCAAGACUUCCCGCAAAACGCCGCCACUCCAAAGGUCCACUUCCACGAACUGCACGCAGAGGCAGUCAAUGAAGUCUGGUACCGGCGUGCGGUGGAACAACACUAUAGACAACCACGUAGUUUUGUGUAUUCUGUACCCUUCGACGCCGACUGGCCCGUUUCAGUCGCCGUUCUAGAAGGUGAAGAAGAACAACCGCCACGUCCAUCCGACGAUGUCCUGGUAACAGCAAGUCAUGCAAUAUUCAAAGAAGACCCUAAGGAUAAACGAGUGAAAGCCGUGGUGGGGGUAGUAGGGUUCCAGAUGUACCAUCGUGCCCUCCACGCACUCUUCCAAAACAUCACAAGCCAAUGCGGGGAUGAACGCUGUAAACGUACCUGUUCCUCUGAAGAGUUACACUGUAUGCUCGUCGAUGACAAUGGUUACAUAGUCGUAGCCUAUGAUAGAAAAAGAACAGGGAUGUUUUUAGGUGAUUUCCGGCCGGAUAUCCUCGAAAUGUUAGUCGAAGAAGGUGUGUACAACCGUACGCGGAUGUACGACUACCAAGCGACAUGUUUCCCCAAUAUCCACACUGUAUCACCAGCGUCACCCCGGUUACUAACCCCGUUUGAAAAUUUUGGCGAAAUCUUCUCCUGGUUACUCACAACAAUCAUUUACUUCGCAAAAGUAGCAGUCGCUCGACCCGGAGAUGAUUUCAUCGCAACCGAACAACCAUCAUCAGCAGCAGCAGCCAAUGUUGUCCUUGAAGAAGCCGAACCCGAGCAUGAAGAUGAAGACCAACCCAGUCGUACCUUCGAGAAAGACUUUGAUCAUCGUUUGCUAAUCAACAAAACCCACCCGGAGCCAUGCGAUACCGAAAUGUAUCUGUAUCACCUCAUCCACUACUCCGAGAGUAACAUAUCACGCAGUGGGUAUAAUCGGACGAUGCGUGACUGCGCGCGUCCCUUCCUGGUGCAACCGGUCGUCGCCAGUAACAUGGUCCUGCUGGUGAUCAACAUGCUGUGCCCGGAGGUUCCAAUGGAGGAGCCUAUUCUCAGCCCGACGCCGGUGGACGUGUGGUAUAAUGAAAGCCGGCACUGCCACAUCUUGCGGUAUAAUAAAUUCCCACGGCGGAAUUAUAUGAGUUGUAUCAAUCGGAGUAUCCACGAGCAGACGAUCCAAUUGUGCGGCAGGGCCGCCACGGACGCACGCCCACACAAUGUUCUUGUUUCACUCGUUCUACUCGUAGCUCUCUUCUUUAUCGCUGCAUAAUUCUGUCCCACGUGUUAACGUUUCUCAUACAUACAAACAAUAUAAUUGAAUCGUUUCGUAAA